UAAUGACUGUGUCAGCUUCACUGAUGCCUUCGCAUCUAAAUCGGAUGAUACCACUUCCAUUGAAACAGAAAAUUCUAACGAUGCUCUGAACAGACAAACUUACAUUGUAAUGAAAUUAUAUAGUGAAAAGGUGAGACCAAAAGUCCUACUUGAGCAAAACAGCAAAUCGGUGCCGAUACAGCCUGAAGAAACAAAAGUUUCGCAUGAUUAUAUAGUCACCCAAGAUUUUAUUCAAGAAGUGUCUUCAGGGUUCACAGAUGAGGAAACCAUCGAAGUUGUUGAUAUACUCACUACCAAUACGACAAUAGAAGUUGAGCUAGCUUAUUUGUUUCUAAAAGUAAGUAUUGAAGGAAAAAAUACUAUACAAGCUAAACAGAAAGAGAUUUCAUGUCGUUACUCAUAUGGAAAAAGAUUUGAAAUAGGAGUUCAAGAACUUAUAGUAAAGAAAAAUAUUUCAGAACAGACAGUGAGAAAAUGA